AUGGCGUCGCCGGCGGCCGCAGAAGAGCAAUCUAAUACGAAAACGGAGGAAGGAACGACGGCCUUCCGCAAGAAGCGGUUUCGGCGCGUGAGCUUUGCAGAGAAUACAUCUGUUCACAUAUUUGACCGUGAUGAAGAGUACAAUACUCCCCCGGACGUUGAGCCUCCUAGUUCCCCGUACGAGGAAUUAGGGUUUUCUGAACGAGAUGGUGCCCGGAAGCAGUUUUUCCGGAAUGAAGAAGAGGACGACGAAGAUGAUGAUAUGGAUGAACUCGGUCCGAGGAGUCCGUUUUUGCGGGUGGUUCGGUCUCCAUCCUCUGGUGGAAGCACUAUUGGUUCCGUUACCUCCAACGAUGAAGAUAAUUUUUUUGGUCCUGUAUCCACAAGCUUUAUUAGACGAGAUUUUUCAGACUCUGCAGCCUCAGAUGAGAAUCAUGAUCAUACUAUGGAUUCAACAGCAUUUUCAAUGCAUUUUCAUAGCAUCGCUAGAUCAGAUUCAGAAGGGGAUUUGAAGACUUCCACAGGGGUUCACCUUUCCUUUGACGAGAAAACCCCAACUCUGAGUUCUAUCCCCUCUAAUACAAGGAAUUCAAUGCUACUGACACUAGCUAAGAAGCCAAAUUCUCAACCUGAUGUUUCUACCUCUAAAUUGAGCACUGGUUCUCAAUCGAAUGAUAUGAGUCUUGUUGGAGAAUAUCAUGCUAAGUACGACUAUGGGAGGUUAUCCCCUGCAUUGGAUGCACUGUUGGCAGAAGGCCACAAUGAUUCAAAUGUGAUCUCCCAUAUUUCUAUGCUAAAGUCGCCGAUAAAAUCUGGAGAACGUAUUUUAGCAAACAAGGAAAAUGGGCCUGACCUCAUGGAUUUUAGUUAUGGUCAAGAUGUAAAAAUGCAAGACAGUACCAGUCAUGAGGCACUCAAUGAAGUUGUUAAUGUUAAUCCUAAUGAGAUGGGUGUGGCAUCUGGAUCCAAACUUUUUCCUAGUAAGCAGAUUGCAUUUGGUGUUUCAUCUAAUGCAUCUGAAACCCAGGCUUCUAAACCUCUGUCCCCUAAUCAAUCCAUUGGGGGCACUCUUACUGCCAAGACCAAGGAGCCCGUUAAAGAUGCACUUGGAAUCAACUCAGGCUUGGAAGUUUUGGCUACUAGUCAAGGCACUCCCUCAAAUCCUAAGAAUAUGGCUUAUCAAUUAGAAGAUGUCUUGGAAAAGGAAAAUAAAUCUCCUUUGGUAGGAUCAAUAACUCGUUUAACUGAUAGGCCAAGUUACAUGGUUUCAAAUGGUGUUAGCCUAUCUAAAUCUCCAGGAACUGUGACUCCUUUCCAUAAUCAAGCAAGUCUUUUUCCAAAAACUGAAAGCCUAAAACACGGUGGAAGUGUUUCGUCCUUACAGAGAAGCAUUUCUAAACUAAGAAUUCUAGAGACUUCUCCCUUUUCGGCUGUUUUGAAUGCAAAACUUGAAGAUUCAAAUUCCAGAUCUGUAGUUGGCCUCUUCAAGAUGACUCCCUUGGGUACUUUGUUGGAGAAAAACAACAAACCUCUCCAAGCCAAUUGUAUGAACAUUGCUGGGAUCAAGACUCUAGACACUUAUCUUGAAGAACCAUUACCAUCUUCUGCUCAGAAGAAGAGAGAAGGGGAAUCUACAAACAUGAAUGACAGUAAGACCGAGAUACCAAAUAAUUUUGUGCCUAGAACUCGUAAGGAAAGUUCUGUUGAAGUUGCAUCAAUAUUGGUUUUACCAUCUGAAAACACAUACAUGCAGCCAAAGUUAUUGCAAUCUGCAGGUUAUAAAGAUGAUGAAAAUAAGAUUGGUUCCCCACAAACUUUUACUUGUUCUCCAAAAAAAUUCAAGGAGGCAACAACCGCAGAAUUCAGAGGCAGUCCUUAUAGAGAUGAAAAGCAGUCUAUUCAGCUUAAUGAGUCAGUAAGUUUUGGUCUGGGCAAUGUUGGAGGGUUAGGGGAAAGCGUCACCAAUACUCAACUUUCUACUACAGCAUCUGAUGGGAUGGAUUCCUUGUACAUUGAGAGAAGACAAAAUUCUACUCCACUAAAUGUUGCAAUCUCCAAUGUAAAAGAAAUGCUGCAUGACAGAAAGGAUUUUCCAUAUGAUGUCCUUUGUAACUCAGAUUUGAGGAGGAGCUUAACAACCUUAUCAAACGAUAUAGAACAUGAGAACUUUCAAACAAUUUCAAGAGAAAGUGACAUUCCCAUGGGGCUGAUGAAAACUUCUCUCCUGUUAAACGGAAGGAAAGAUGAACAAUCCUAUCGGCAGAAUUUGGCAGAUCAGUUUGGUGGAAGUCCCUCAAAUAGAGAGCUUUACAGUGUAUUGCACGAUCAUAGCACUGAUUCCUUAUGCAUGGAAAAGGUACAGCCUUCCGGUGCGAAUCAGUUGUCUACUGGAGAUGUAAGCUCAGCUGAGCGGAAAAGAAAAACUGAAGAUGUGAUGGCUGAAAAAAUUGCUAGAAUCAGGAGGAGUUCAAAUUCUGAUGUCGAACUCCCAAGUGACGGUGGAAUAUCAAGUAUUGGUCCUAAUCUGAAACAUUUAGCUGAGAUCCAUUCAAGAUUCUUUAAAGAAACAAAACUUUUUUCGCAUUCAGUUGAUAGGAUGAAUUUCCAUACGAUUGAUCGUCUGAUUGAUAUUGUGGGUCAGCUUCAGAGGUCUGAAACAUAUCAGCUUCUUUCUAAUGAAAUUCAGUCGCAGAUCUUUCUAGAUCAGGGUGGUAAUAUUCAAGAUAAAAGAGUAGCAGAAACAAAAUAUCUCUUGUGCAAAACUGUGCAUGAGCAGGCUAAGUUGCAGCUUAUGCAUCUGAAGCGAGAGAGGCUACUGAAAAGUGUGCAGUCGCUUGCCUCUGGAAUUCAAGAGUCUGAAGGGUUGAAGUUGAACUAUCCACCACCAAAUUCACUGGAUGUUCGAGUUAUUCACCAGCAGCCCUUCUCAGACAACAUAGAGGACAUACAAGAGUGCCAAGUUGAUUGCAAAAAAUUGACUUCAAUGAUGCAGGCAAUAGAAGAUAUCCAUAGAAGAAUUUCCAACUUGACAAAUUCUUUUCACAAAUCAUGUAAGAUGAAAGGGGAACCCAACCCUGCUGAUACUAUUGCAUUUGUUACUGAUCAUUUGAUGAAAAGAGCACGUUGUCAGACCAUACGGAAGGAUUUGCAGCUGUGGGUUUUAGACAAUCUGAAGAGUAGCAAAGGUCGUCAUGAAAUUGUUCUUAAUUUCCUCGACCUCAUGACUCAAAGGCUAACGGUCACUGCUGGUGUAAUCCCGAGCAUUUCCAUUUCUAAUAUAUUAAAUGAAAUGAAUAUAAACAAGCACUUCAAAGAUAUGGAUGCUUCAACUGUGUUUGGGUUUGUCUUUGAUGCUGGGAUAACACAGAGGCAAGUUGGUGCAGCAAGUUUGGCACAAGAAACUCAAACGACCAGUUCCCUUUUGGGGAAUUUGGUUGAUGUGAUGGAGGAGAUUCAACUUGCAAGAAUAGAGCUAAGGAACCUGGUUCAUGCUAGAUUUCACACAUCCUUGGACGAGAGCCUUUAUCUGGAGCUGUAUUUUUUUGAUCCAAACGGCCGAAAGAAGGCAACAAUAACUCUAAACGCUUCAUGUUUAAAAAGGGGUAUCUACCCGUCAGAGAUUGUUCCAUGCCAAAUUUUCACCCCUGUGGAUGAAUCGCAAAAUUCGUCUUCUCAAUCACUCUCUACUGAGAUUGCAGCAGCAAUUCGAGAUCUCAGAGUGGGAUUUUUAAGGAUUCUACGAUUAUGUAGGUCCAUAUCGCAGUUGGUCAGCCCUUCAAGGUAAAAACUAAACAGUAGCUCGAGAAAGAGUUGAACAUGUAAUGAAGAAUAAAUAUACUGAAGUCAUAGUCAACUGCUGGUUGAACUCUUCGUUUUUCUUAUUUGAGGCCGUAAAAUUGCAAGAACGGUAUGAUUGACAUAGCUAAGAA